UCGCCGAAUUGAACGGAAACAUUGCUGCCAGGCGUUGGAGGAUAAUUUCCUCCCACCUUUCUCAAGUUUGUUACUUUUCAACAUCGAAACCAGACGUUCCAAGGCUUAACCGUUAAUCUCCAUGGGUUUUGCUUCUUCUUCACGAAAUCAACAAUGAGAUCCUCGAUCACUUCUUCACCAAUCUCUCCAUUGCUGCGCCGCUCUUUCUUACACCCUCGCUAUCUAUGCCAUGAAUUCACAAUUCCUGAUAAGUCCGUCAUCUCUGAAUCGCCAGUUUCUGAGAAUGCAAGCCCAAGCCUAGCCACCAAGUCACUUGACGAAUUCACUUCAGAGUCGAACUCUGCAGAGAAACCCACCUCUGAAGUCGAUCCCAAUCGAAACCUAUGUUCACUCAGCACAGAUUUGACUCAAGCCCAUGUCAUAAACACUCUCCUAAGCCACAAGAACGACCCCUAUUCAGCUCUCAAGUACUUCAAGUGGGCUGAGAGAAUGAGAGGCUUCAUUAGAGGCGUGGAUAGUUUCUCUGUUUUGCUUCACAUUUUGAUGGGUUCUCAGGAGACUCAUGGCAGUGCUCAAAGUUUGCUUAGCCUGUAUGUUUCUGGUGAUUCCGGUCCCUCAGCAAAUGUCUUUGUUGAUCACUUGUUCGACUGUGCAAAAAGGUUUGAGUUUGAACCUGAUUCUCGGAUUUUUAAUUAUUUGUUGAAUAGUUACAUUAGAGCUAAUAGAAUAAGAGAUGCUGUUCAUUGUUUUAAUAAGAUGGUGGAGCAUGAUAUAUUACCCUGGGUUCCGUUUAUGAACAUUCUUUUAACGGCCUUGAUCAGAAGAAAUAUGUCAAGGGAAGCUCUAGAUUUGCAUCAUAAGAUGGUUUUGAGGGGUGUUUUUGGCGAUCGUGUGACUGUGCCUGUGUUGAUGAGGGCUUGUUUGAAGAAAGAGAGGGAAGAGGAGGCGGAGAAAUACUUUAGAGAGGCGACGGUUAGAGGUAUAGAACUUGAUGCUGCGGCUUAUAGUUUUCUUAUUCAAGCAUUUUGUAAGAAACCAAAUUGUAAAGUAGCUUCUGAGUUGCUAAAGGAGAUGAGAGAUAUGAGUUGGGUCCCUUCCGAGGGUACUUUUACUAGUGUUGUCACGGCUUGUGUGAAGCAAGGGAAUAUGGUUGAAGCCUUGAAGGUCAAGGAUCAAAUGGUGAGUUGUGGGAAACCAUUGAAUGUGGUUGUUCUGACAAGUUUGAUGAAGGGUUAUUGUGUGCAAGGCUAUUUGAGUAGUGCUUUGAAUUUAUUAUAUAAGAUGAAUGAGUAUGGGGUCUCCCCAAACAAGAUUACAUAUGCAGUCCUGAUAGAAUGGUUUUCCAAGAAUGGAGACAUGGAAAAAGCAUUUGAGCUCUACAACCGGAUGAAAAUCACAAAUAUACAGCCUGAUGCCUAUGUCAUGAAUUGGUUGUUACAUGGAUUGUUGAAAUUUCAAAAAUUUGAAGAUGCUUCAAAGUUAUUUAACGAGGCAGUUGAGUGUGGUGUUGCUAAUACUUUCCUGUACAAUACUCUUUUGAAUUCGCUUUGUAAUGAGGGUAAAGUAAAUGAAGCUUGUGCUUUAUGGGACAAUAUGAUCAGUAAGGAUGUGGUGCCUAACGUAGUGUCUUAUAGUAGUAUGAUACUUUGCCACUGCAGAAAAGGGGCUUUGGAUAUGGCACAUAAUCUCUUUACGGAGAUGCUUGAGAGGAGUGUAAAACCAGAUGUGUUCACAUAUUCCAUCCUGAUAGAUGGGUGCUUUAAAAAAGGUGACGUUAAACGUGCCUUUAAUGUCUAUGAACAAAUGAUGGCUGUAAAUAUAGCCCCCACAGAUUACACAUAUAACACUAUCAUUAAUGGGUUGUGCAGAGUUGGUCGCGCAUCUGAAGCAAGGGACGAGUUGAAAAAAUAUGUUAAGAAGGGUUUUAUUCCCGUCUGCUUGACUUAUAAUAGUAUUAUAAACGGGUUUACCAAGAAGGGUGAUACUAAUUCUGCACUGGAAGUUUACAGAGAAAUGUGUGAAGGUGGGGUUUCUCCUAAUGUUGUCACUUAUACCAGCUUGAUUGAGGGCUUUUUGAAAAGCAAAAAUAUGGCUCUUGCUCUGAAAAUGAGGAAUGAGAUGAAAGAUAAGGGCAUUAAGUUAGAUGUUACUGCAUAUGGUGCCCUGAUUGAUGGGUUUUGCAAAGGGCGUGACAUAGUAACUGCUUAUGAACUUUUCUCUGAGCUCCUUGAAGUUGGUUCAUCUCCAAAUACGACCAUUUACACCAGCAUGAUUUGUGGCUUCCGGACUUUAGGUAAUAUGGAAGCCGCUCUUCGCUUGCAUAAGAGAAUGUUAGAUGAAGGGAUUCCCUGUGAUUUGAUAACAUACACUGCACUAGUUGACGGAUUGCUGAAAGAGGGAAAAUUACACAUUGCAUCAGAUCUUUACUUAGAAAUGCUUUCCAAGGGUAUUGUGCCUGAUAUCGUCACAUAUACAGCUCUAAUAAAAGGCCUUUGUAACAAAGGACAGCUGGGAGCUGCACGCAAGGUCUUGGAAGAUAUGGAUGGAAAGGGUGUGGCCCCUAAUGUUCUUAUCUAUAAUGUCUUGAUUGCAGGACACUCUAAGGAGGGGAAUUUGCAAGAAGCAUUUAGGUUGCAUGAUGAGAUGCUCGAUAGAGGUCUUGUACCCGAUGACACGACUUAUGAUAUUCUUUUGAACAGAAAGGCUAAGCAUCUAUAUCACUCUCUGGCUGACUGGAGCGGAAAGGAAAACAGGAGGAUGAAUUACAGAAUGGUGAAUCAAUGGGGGAAGAUGACGUCUGAACCUCAUGGAUGAGAGAAACGGAGGGGUGGAUAAACAAUUAGUUCUUGCACUUUGUAAGAAUUUCUUGUGCCAUGAUAAAUUGACAAUGGUAUGCAAUGCAAUUAAGCAAAGUCCUAUCUAGUCCUACUGCCCUUUUCGCCAUUAAUAUCAACUCAAGUUUUGCUUGUAUUCUAGCUGGUAGAUUUAACUUAGAUCAGAACAAAUUAUAUGUCAGCGAUCUUUUGAAUCUUGCAAUCACUAUUUUUGAACCAAUUAAGGUAUUACAACUUUUCUUACUAUAUCGUAACCUUUGGAGUAUGCUUAACAUGGUUCGUUGAUCCAGGCCAUUCUGAAGCUUUUUCCAACACUCAUGAAAUAACCUUUGGAGUAUGCUUAACAUGGUUCGUUGAUCCAGGCCAUUCUGAAGCUUUUUCCAACACUCAUGAAAUGAAGGCGAGAAUAGUUUGGACAACUUCUCUAACAUGUGCUUUGUUUAACAACUACAAAAUGCCAGUGACAAUGCUAAAAUAUGACUAUUGUUAGCUGGGGCCUAUUAGUUAAGUUCAUAAGUUAUACACCUCCAUGACAAUUUGCACCAAUGUAACCAUGCUAAUGUAACGAAUUGCCCUGACUUUUGACUUGCCCUUAAUGAAGAGAAUGAGAGAGAUUUGGUCCCAGAAAUAGUGCGAUAUAAUCUACAAUACGAUACAACAUAAUACGAAUACGAAAGGAGGGUUUGCCAGACAGCAUGCUCAAGUUGAGAAACUCAACUUCAACUCUAUGAAAAUUAGAAUAACUGCUGUACUUACUCUCUUUAUGCGUUUUGGCAAUGCAGAUAAAGAAAAAGGAGACCAAGUGGGAAGCCUGGAAUACCCUUUUAUGGGUCCAAGGGAGAGAAGCAACAAGCAUCUGAAUGGAAUAUCUGAACCAAAGGAAUAAGUAUUCAGAGAACCUUCCUUGGAAUAAGGGCAGUUAUCCAUGAUUCACAAAUGUUCUUAAAUAUGAUUUCCACUAUUUGAUUGCUCUGCAAUGUACAUUUUGUUGGCUAAUUUUAAGACUAGAAACUGAAGAGAACGGGAUUCGGAAUUCUUGGGAAAUAUUGGGUGGUGAUAUUCAUGUUUACGUUUU